AUGCUGCCCCUCGGGCUUCUCAACGCGGCGCAAGGCCACCCCAUGCUAGUCGAGCUCAAGAACGGCGAAACACUCAACGGCCACCUCGUGCUGUGCGAUACAUGGAUGAACCUGACCCUACGCGAGGUCGUGCAGACCAGUCCGGAAGGCGAUAAGUUCGUGCGGCUGCCUGAGGUUUACGUCAAGGGGAAUAAUAUCAAGUACCUGCGGGUUCCGGACGAUAUUAUCGAUGUUGUUAGGGACCAACAGAGCCAACAGGGCGGCGGUUACCGCGGUGGGCGUGGUGGUCAAGGGAGAGGAGAUCACGGUGGUCGGGGUGGCGAUAGGGGGCGUGGUGGGAGAGGGCGAGGAGGUGGAAGGGGUGGAAGGGGCAGAGGGUCAUGA